ACGACUUCUUCAUUCGUCGUUGAGUAUUUGUAGAAAUUAGUGCGUGUCGCGGAAAGCCGAAGUGUAUUUUUUAAAGCUUUGAGAAAAAUAAGAGCAAAGAAAAACUGGAAAAAGUAUUAAAAUCCUUUAAAAUAUUUAAAAUAAAUAGACAAUAGUGCCUUUAAAAUAAACAUCUUCUUAAAUAAAUAAGAAAAUCCUUUAACGCAGUUAAAAAUAUAGGAGAAUGAAAAAAUUAUGAAUUAAAUGAAAACGUAGUGUGGAAUAUACAUAAAUGUGUUUUAUAUAAAGCUAAAAGUAUUAAAUAAAUAAUAUUCAGCAAGAAAUAGCAAUAAAUUUAAUCUAUUUCUGGAAUGAUUUAAAUAUAUUUUUCAAGACUGAAAUUUAAAAAAAUCAUAAUAAAAAAGAAUUAUUUGUACAAUUUUUCAUAUUCGUUUUACUUGAAUUGCUUAAUUUCUUUUACCGUCUUCCGUCUUUCUACAAACCUUCUUCUUCAUUCAUUUAAACGUACAACAACAACAAGAGCGAAGAAGAAAAAAGCCAUCCAACCAACAAAAUCAACCAACCAACAACCUAAACCAGCCAUUUUAGUGUAUGCAUGUUUUUGUGUGAGUGAUUAUAUAGAAAUACAAGAAGAAAAAAAAGAAAUACAAGAAAAUCCACAAAUAAAAAAAUCCUAAGAUAUACUAAUAAUACAUAAUUUGGUAAUAAAACACAGAAAAAUUGUAUAAAACAAUUAAAUAAAAACAAAAAUAUUGAAAAAUACGCAAAAAAUAAACAAUAAAACUAGAAAUUUGGUAAAAAUUGUCACAUUUUCUUUUUAUUACUUUUGUGUACUUGUUCUUACUUUAAAAAAAAACAGACAGAAAAAAGAAGUAAAGCAAAAUAAGAAACAUAAUAAAGUGUAAAGUGUGUGUAUGUAAAUUUUUGUUGUGUUUAUUUCUUCGUGGUCUUCAUUCAUUCAUUAUUGAAAGAAGAAGAAAAACAAAAAGAAAAGAAAAAUAUAUUAAAAAAACGUCUCACUACUACAAUUAUAGUAUACAAAAACAACAACAAAAAAUACGAGUGCUGCUGCGUCUGUCAUUCUCUUUUAUUUUUUGUUUCUACAAAAAAUUCUUCUAGUGGAGUUGUUAUUUCGUGUUCUUUUUUAAUCGUUACGACGUUACCGAGAGAUUUUUUUAUUAUAAUUUUCACAAUAUUGUGGAAAAAGUCGUAUUUGAACGUUAUUCGGUUAUUCGCUGUUAGUAUUUUUAAUCUCGUCUUGUCUGAGGAGGAUUUCGCGAGCUCCAUACAACCAGUUGUUCUUAUUAUUGGCAAAAAGCCGGUGAGGUUUUCGUAACAAAUUCAGUUGCCUGUCGUGGUUAUCCUUAGCAGGUGUUUAAUUUGCGAAUUUCGACUGUGUUUUUGAAAGUGUUCUGCGUGUGUAUAUAUUUUGGAGACUGCAGUAUUUUAUUUUUUGCAUAAACUGAAAAAAUCAAACAAUUUUUUGGAUUAACACAAAGUUCGUUUUCGUGUGCUAAAUUUUUAAAUAGGAUUGAUUGCUUUUUUCCUAAAGAUUUUUUUUAAAUCGAAUGCUAAAUUAAUGCCGCCAACAUAAUGAAUUUAAGUAUAUUUAAAUAUACAUAAUCUUUAACUAUAUAACACUAUCAAAGGAAAACUAUAUUAUUGUUUUUGAAGAAAUUAUGUCUAAAUUGCAUACAACCGCCUCGGCGUUAGCAACAGAAUCCGUGCAACGUUCAGAAAGAGCGGCCAGCGAAAAUCCCAAUAAUACUGUGCAUACGCAACACAGAAGGCACAACUCUUUGAGUGGGAGAGUUUGCAACAAGUCACUAACCAAAUCAGCCUCCAUAACGGAUAUAGCACAAAAUUUGGAAAAUAUACAAUAUGAUCCAAUUACGCUGCCCGAUAGAAUCACAGAUGUUGCUGCAACAAAUGUAUUGUCCUGCAAUAGUCGAACUCUACACAGUCGAGAUAACGAUGAGGUAGAUAAUGCAGAUGAAACCAGAAGGCGAAGAUUACCUGCUAACAACACUAGUGCACGCAGUGAACAACAAAAUACUACCAAAGAUGGUUUUUUAGAGUCAACACCAACAAUAUUAAACACAAACAACACAUUGUUAUCGUCGUCGAUGUUGUCGUAUGAUGAACCCGAUCAUUUACAGCAUCGUUUUGCGCGAACUACUCAUUCGACCGUAUUUAAUACGCGGCAUGCGCCACAUCACAAUUUGAGUUCACACUCUGCGGUGGAUAAUUCUUUUAGUGAUAAUGGCUGCACUAGUGGGAUGAGUAGUGCGUUUAGUUCUGCGUGUCCCAGUACAGUAUCCUCGCCUCUCUCAACACCCACAAGACUAUCGCCUCAGCAUCAACUUCAUCAGCAUCAUCGUAGUAAUAUUCAUCAGUUACAUCUGCAGCAGCAGCAACAGCAGUCAACAUGUUGUCAAAAGCCAACAGCACCUGUAAAAAAUUCCUGCUCCUCCUCCGCCUCUUCUUUAACCCAUAAUACUAGCCAGCACAAUAACCAUCAACAUCAUCACAAUCAUCUGCCCGAUCAUAAUGAUCACGAUCAUCAUCAACAUCAGCCACACAAGCCCUUUUCACCGUCUUCGUUUGGUUCGGUUAUUGUGAGCGGAAGUAAAAAUCUAAAGAAAUUUGAUCCUCGUUUGGGUCCAUCACCUUAUCGUCAACUAUUGCCAAUAGCUUUAUGUAUUCUAUCGUUUGCGACUGUGUUUAGCAUUUUAAUUGUUUAUAUGGAUACGACAGAGAUUCGCCAUCAACAAUUUCGUUUAAAUAUGUCGCGUGAUUAUGAAUUGUACGGUGUGGCCCAAGAUGAUCCUCAACUUAUAGCAUUCCUGCGUGAAAUACAUAUGCGCAAAUAUCCUAAUCACUUCUUCAAAGCAUCGCCAUCAGCAGAAGAUAAUGGACUACCUGGUGGUGGAGGAAAUUAUUUAAAUAGUUUGGCAGGAUCAACUCAUUUAAACCUAAGUGCACAUCCCAAUGAACUAACGCCCAAAAUGGCCUAUUAUGUGGCCAAUACAUUGCAUGGCAAAACGAAUGGUGCUGUUAUACAAUCACUAACAGGCUCUCUGGGUCAUCUUAUGACUGCUCCCUGGCUAUCGGAAACAUUGAAUUGGGCUGGCGUUAUAGUCGAACCGGAACCUAGAAGAUAUUUUACUUUACGAAAACAAAAUGCCUUACGACCACACAUGCAAGUAGUGCAUGCGUGUGUUUCACCCAAUCCUUAUCCCAAAGAGGUAACUAUUCAUAAUGAAGAGUCUGAAGUGCGAAUUAACAGUCUGCUCGAUGAGGAGACAUCAUGGUUCAAUUCGCGUGUCAAAUGUUUUCCGCUUUAUACAAUCAUGCUAGCAUCGAAUCGUGUUGAAUACGAUCUUCUUAGUUUGGGUGUGCAUGGUCAUGAGUUGGAGAUACUGCAAACAUUGCCUUUUGAUAAAAUAAAGAUUGAAAUAAUUUCAAUACAUUUGUUGGAAAAUCAAGAGGAUGUUAGUAAUUAUGUUCAAACGAUAACCAAGUUCCUACAGGGAAAAUCCUACAAAUUGCAAAAGAAAUUUGGACGCAAUUAUUUCUAUCAACGAUUAACAACGUCAUCAUCAACAACAUCGUCAACUACGAAUACAAAUACAAUGCCAACACGAACCCGAAAAAAAGAUAUUCUACUACUAAAGACGCCUUAAAAGCCUUCUUUUUUUAUAUACAAUCAAUAAAAUAAAUUCUAAUAAAAUUAAAA